GUACGUUCCCUUUCCAUAAAUAAAGCUGCUCGGCUCUUAUCCACUGCCAAUCGUGUGGGCAAUCCCUCCCAUCCCUUCACUUCAUGAAGUAGUCAUGAAUGCUGCCCUGCUCCCACCUUCCUUGCCAUCUAUCUUCUCUUCUUCAGUCUCUAACCCAUACCCUCUUCACUGCGCUUCUCCUCCUUUCAAUCUCGCCGCCGCCUCCUCCCCUUCCAGACCCGCUCGCUCCUCUCUCGUUGGCGGGGCUGCCAACUACGCCGACCCAUCAGACCUGUCUCUGAUUUCCACCUCUUCUGACCCGACGGUCGAAGCCCUAGAUCAGAAACUGCUCACACUCCUUCGCCAAAGGAAAACUGAAGAGGCCUGGACUGCCUACACCAACAGCGCCCACCUUCCUAGCCCCGCUUGCCUCAGCCGUCUAGUUUCUCAAUUAUCCUUCCAAAAUACCCGCUCGGGUCUCACGCGCGCCCAGUCCAUAGUCACGCGCCUCCGUCAUGAGCGACAGCUCCACCGCUUGGAUGCCAAUUGCCUCGGCCUGCUGGCCGUGGCCGCUACCAAGGCCGGCUACACGUCUUACGCCACGUCAAUCGUCAAGUCCAUGCUUCGCUCUGGCUAUCUUCCCCACGUGAAGGCCUGGAGCGCUGUCGUCAGUGGCCUUGCUUCUUCUGGCGACGAAGGUCCUGCGGAAGCUCUCAGGUUGUUCAAAGCGGUCACUCGGCGUGUACGAAAAUUCAAUGACCUUCAAAUAGUUUCUAACUCGCGUCCUGAUACUGUUGCAUUUAACGCCGCGUUAAAUGCCUGUGCGAACUUGGGUGAUAGCGAGAAGUUCUUGCAAGUGUUUGAUGAAAUGCCCCACCAUGGUGUUGAACCUGAUGCCUUGACUUAUAAUGUCAUGAUAAAGCUAUGUUGUAAAACUGAUAGAAAAGACCUGCUUGUUUUUGUGUUGGAGAGGAUCUUAGAAGUGGGAAUACCUCCAUGCAUGACUACUUUGCAUUCCCUAGUUGCAGCUUAUGUUGGCUUUGGUGACUUGAAGACAGCAGAGAAGUUGGUUCAAGCAAUGAGGGAACAGAGAACGGAUCUUUGCAAGAUACUAAGGGCGUCCAAUUCAGAAAAUUUGGUUGAAAAUGAUGAAUCCGUUUUCAAGAAGUUGCUUCCAAAUUUGACAAACCAGAGUGACAAUGAACAGCCAUUGCUGCCAAAAGUAUAUGCUCCCAACUCCAGAAUUUACACCACUCUAAUGAAAGGCUACAUGCAGGCAGGUCGUGUGAGUGAUACGGUGAGAAUGCUCGAGGCAAUGCGCUGUCAAGAUGAUCGUUCCAGUCAUCCCGAUCAUGUAUCAUACACCACUGUGGUUUCAGCACUUGUGAAGGCAGGUUCAAUGGACAGGGCUCGUCAAAUCCUUGCUGAAAUGACGAGAAUUGGCGUGAAUCCAAAUGUGAUUACGUACAAUAUUCUGCUUAAGGGUUAUUGUAUGCAGCUGCAGAUAGAUCAGGCAAGGGAGCUACUUAAGGAUAUGGUUGAUGAUGCAGGGAUACAGCCUGAUGUGGUUUCCUACAACAUUCUGAUUGAUGGAUGUAUAUUAGUUGACGACAGUGCUGGGGCUCUUGCCUUUUUUAAUGAGAUGAGAGCAAAAGGAAUAGCUCCCACGAAGGUUAGUUACACUACUUUGAUGAAAGCUUUUGCCUUGUCGGGUCAACCAAAGCUGGCUCACAGGGUUUUUGAUGAGAUGCUCAAUGAUCCGCGGGUGAAGGCUGAUAGGGUCGCCUGGAAUAUGUUGGUGGAAGGAUAUUGCAGGUUAGGGUUGAUUGAAGAAGCAAAGAAAAUAAUUGAAAAGAUGAAGGAGAAUGGAUUAUAUCCUGACGUGGCUACCUAUGGCAGUCUUGCCAAUGGAAUAGCGCUAGCGAGAAGACCAGGAGAGGCACUUCUACUUUGGAAUGAAGUAAAAGAGAGGUGUAGGGUUGACAAGGAAGGAGGCAAAUCUGAUUCAUCUAUUGCGCCGCCACUCAAACCAGAUGAAGGGCUUUUAGAUACUUUGGCUGAUAUCUGCGUGAGGGCUGCCUUCUUUAGGAAGGCCUUGGAAAUAGUGGCUUGCAUGGAAGAACAUGGGAUACCUCCCAACAAGACCAAGUUUACUAGAAUCUAUGUGGAAAUGCAUUCAAGAAUGUUCACAAGUAAGCAUGCUUCGAAGGCAAGACAGGACAGAAGGAUGGAGAGGAAAAGAGCAGCUGAGGCUUUCAAGUUUUGGUUGGGAUUGCCCAAUUCUUAUUAUGGAAGUGAGUGGCGUUUAGAACCUAUUGAUGGAUAUGAUUCUGAUUUGGUUUAGUGAUUUAGUCACUAGCAGCGUAUCUUUCUUUCUUUCUUUCUUUUUUCUUAGUAAAAAAACUCAUUGGUAUAUCCGCUUAUGGAACUGAACACCAAUGUUAGUAUAGAAAAGUAUGACACUGUCACAAGAAAAAACUGUAUAUGGCAGUACAUACCAAUAUCAAUGUUUAUAAAAGGAAAAAAAUAAUAGUUAUAUUACA